GAAGGAGGCUCCGAUUGGGUCGAUGACGUGCUUGUCCUGCCGCAGGUCCAAUCGCAGCAGGCUUGCUUGCCAACGAGCGAGCCGGGAACUUGGAACAAGGACAUAAAGAAGAGAAUGGCUGGUGACUAUGAUUUCUUAAAAAGUCUGCAGAAUAACUUGCAAGAACUGAACCACCUCCGGGCAAAAUACUUAACAUCAAGGAAAAGUCUAUCGUCUGUUGAGAUUAAAUCAUUGUUUUGUGAUCAGCAGCAAUUGCCAGGGGAGAAUAUGAACAUCCAGUCAUUUGCUCCUAGGAAGAGUAUUCGCCAUCGUAAUCCAUAUUGGCCUGAUGAAGAAAUACGGACCUUCAUUGAGAUCUGGGGUGAUGACCAAGUCCAAGUCUCACUGGCCACCAACUUUCGCAAUGAGGCACAGUAUGAGUGGAUCUCUGAUAGGAUGCGAGAAUAUGGCUAUGACCGGGAUAUGAAGCAGUGUCGCUUGCGUGCCAAGGAGCUUCGGCGAGGAUACAAGGCAAUUGUUUGUGGAAAUAACUCUUCUGUGAGCGGUCAACGUGCCUUGCCAUUUUAUGAUUCCUUGAACAGUUUCCUGUGCAUGCACAAAGGUCUUGUAGUGUCCAAAGUUUCUCUAUCUAUAGAUAGGAGGAAUCGUGAAGUCCAAAAACUGAGCUUGGAGCAAGAAAAAAGUGAAAAGCUAAGUGUUGUCUUGGUUUCUGAUGAUGAUGAAGCAUCCAUCCCAGAACCUACAGAUGACUCCAAUGGCUAUUUUCAAGAUGCACAGAUGGAUUCUGAACCUGUAAAUGCUCAGUCUCCAUGUGAAGAAUGGGAAGCGCAUGGAGAAGAUGGCCUUCUUGCGGGAGAUGUGGCUUCACCUAGUUUCCCUAAUACAAGAGGAGAUGGUCAUUCCAUCAGUUCAGGCCCAUCCGGCACUUUUUCCAGGGCAUCCCUGGUUGAUGCUGACAGAAUAAGCAACAACCACUGGAAUAGGAAACAGCGGAAACAAACUCAAUCUACUUCAGACAUAGUAGAUGCCAUUUCCCAAGUGGGUGACAGACUAGUACAUGCUCUGUCUGAUUUGCACUCAAAACAUAGUGAAACCUCUGAACUUGCACGGAGUAGAGCAUGCGAUUCCCAUAAGGAGGAAUUUACCCUACUUGCCAAUCAUGUAAAUCAGGCUGCUCAAAACGUGGACAAACUGAUUGCUCUCAUAGAGACGUCUACCAGGCGGAUAGCAGAUGCCAUGGACAGACAGACAGUUGCCUUGGAGAAUCUGGCACAGUUGUUUGCUGCAAGAGCACCAUUAAUUUCAGUGCCCUUGGCAUCCCAGGAGCAGUCUGUGAUGGUGUCUUCUCCCAGAAUUUGUGUAUCAGUCCCAUCACCCUCAGCAGAAUUAUACAAUAAUGUGAACACUUUAACAGGAAAUUGCACUUCUAAUCAGAAAGCACAAGAUUUGCCUGCUGAAGACUGUCAACCAGUGGCGAAGAAAAUAAAAGCAGAAGACGACUUAAUAUAAUUUGUUCAAAAAUCCUCAAAUGUUCUGUUCUUCUCUCAUAAGAUGAACAGUCGUCCUUAUUCGUUCAUUUUUCCAAAGACAGAUGGGGGUGAAAAUCAGGAAAAUGAAUGGUAUAAGAAAUAUUAUAGCUCAUUUAUUUUUUUAAUAAAAUUUGUAGCUAGAGCAAUAUAUUUGUAGAUGAAUUUAUGUAUAGUUUGGAAGGAUGAAUGCUGCCCAUUGUGAUAAAAUUGUAUGGUUUAUUGGCAUUCCAUUCUGUAGUUUGAUUUCUGUUCUGCUUAAGUAUGCAACAGGCUGCUGUCCUGUGCACACUUACUUGGGCAUAAGAUGUAAGUUUUAUUUCAGAUUGUGACUGUGGUCAGCAUAUUGGCUUUGGACCUAAAGAACAUAGCACAGCCAUGAACAUAUGAUGAUUUUUAGCAGAUUCUACUGAGGCACAUUUUUUUAAAUCUCUAGAUGGGUAAUACAAAUUGCUUACAUCAUUUAGUGAUUAACCAUUUUUAAAAAGUUGUAAAUCAUUAUGCAUAUUUUCACUGGCAUAGAAGAUAAGAGUGUAGAACUCUCUGUGUGUGUGUUUGUGUGUGUUUGUGUGUAUGUGAUAUAAAUCCUAUUAUUAAAUCAAUAAGAUAUGCUACUACUA